GUGACUGGCAACUCCGUUUCAAAUCGUUGACCGCUAACCAAAACCUGAUGUUUUCGUGGCUGUAUUCUUUCCGGAGAUAAUUUGUAAACUCAUAGAGACCUGUUUCAAUAUGAAAAAUAACAUAAUUGACUAGAGCGACGCACUACGAUAGACAAAUAUUUUUCAAUUUCUGCAAGGAGCGUCGGUCGGCGCGAAACACGCGGUCAUGCAGCGACCGGCAGCGGACGAUCGGGACUGCGACGAUGACGUCGACGACUGCGACUGGCCGAUGGACGAGAACGUGUUGCGAACGCUGUCCGAAGACGUACGGCCAACGCCGGCGGCCGGCCUGGCGGACAGUGACGGCGCAGUGGCCUCCGCCGUCCGACUGUGUUCGGCCGAACGAGUCGUGCCGACGGCCGAGACGGUGCGGCGGCUGCGAUUGCGACAGCUGCUUCUGCGCCGGCCGCCGCGAUGGUGGCCGGAAAACGGGGGCGGUGCGGCCGCGGUGGCCGAGUCCAGGCGGACACAAACGAAGCUGAUGUCCGUGCCGUCGGCGUACCCGGCGACCGGCGAGUACUACGCGCCCGAAGCGGCGUACGUGUCGCGUACGGUGGAAGAACUGUCGUCGGGACCGCGGCCGACGGCGGCACCGCCGGUCAACGGGUACACGUACACCGCCGGCACGGUGCGCUACGACCGCGAGACGGGCGCGUGCUAUCUUCACGGAUUCGCCGACCCGCAGGCCCGGGUAACCGUCGAUUGUGCGCUGCUGACGGACGUCCUGCCCCGGCACCGGGCCACCGUCAAGAUGUACUCCACGCUCCGGCCACCGCCCGCCGACGACCCCGGCGGCCCUCCCGUUCUGGCGCCGCACCAUUUCCAAGUGUUCUCGCGCGCCGUCCUGUUCCGCUGACGCACAUACCACAACGAUGUUGCCGUAACGACGUGCACGAACCCGUGGAUUUGUAUGCCGGUCCAUGUAUAUCGAGCGCGUAAUAAACAACUUGCAACCGUUAUAAUUUACCGUACGCUUCGUAUAAUACAAAAUAUAUACAUUAUCAACUUUUUCGUAAAUUAAACCGACCGAGUUUGAAAUCUAUAUAUUACCAAUGCACCCACUACA